AUGAUAAGCAGGCUUGAUAGCUUCAUCGAGGCAAAUGAUAGGGAAGCCUCAAUGGAUACCAGCUCGAGACUCACCAAGGCAGAGCUAGACUCUUUCGCAGCCGAUGACGAACUCUCAAGAGAUGGACAAACGAGCACAACACCAAAUGGCACGAAAGGCAUCAAGAUUCAAACACGAGCGAGCCCAGCCAGUCCCAGUGAUCAAGAUCAUCCACUCAAACAUACCCCGACACGCACACCAGACCAUUCUAAGUUGGGACGUUCCAAUACCAUGAAACGGCUUUCACUAAUCCAGCCUGUGGUCUCGUCAAGCCCCACGCCGAAAGAUCACCGACAAAGCCAACCAGCACUUUUGAAAGUUAGAACACGGUCGCAAAGCGUGAGAUCUGGUCAUUCUCGCAGCAGCAGUGCUGCUUCUGAAGUACAACAACAAAGAGAUGCUGGGGAAAGUGUUAAUUCAUUACUGCAGUUGCUGGCCAACAAAGAACUUGAACUUUUAGAAACCAAACGCAAAAUCGAUGAGCUCAGAAAGGGUCUCAACCAAGAGGAGGCUCAUCUGCAGCUUCAAACGCAGCAGCUCCAAGACCUGAAAACUCAGGUUGGCAAAACCGUGUACAAUGGUAUGGACGAUCACAAAUAUACCAAAACAGUCCAAAGUGCAGCUCAGCCAUCACAAUCGAAGAAAUCAGGUCCGACAACGUUAGAAACACCACGUCUUUCAUCUAAUAGAGAGUCUAUGUGGUCCAAACCGCUUACUUUUUUCAACCAGUUCGACCAACUGAUCCAGCAUGAGCUGGAGAAGAAACUACACUGGGAUGAAGUGCCUUUGCCGAAAAAGCCGUCUAACGCGGAGCAAGAACCACAUAGCAAACCGUCCGAUGAUGUGUUGGGAAACGUCUCAUCGUCGCUUUGGAGUUUCGUCAGCGAUGUGAGGAGUGGGCUGAUGGGAAUAAAUGAGGAAGAAACGACAGAACAAGAAACAUUGAAGUCACAGCGGCGUUCGAGGAACCCAAGUCCUCUCAAGUUUGUGGGGAAAGAAAUGGAACUCGAAGAUUUACAGGGGAAAAAAGCGAAUGAUAAUUGA